CUCCGUGGCGCAGGACGGGACGCACGCCAUCUCUGAUCUGAGUCUGGAAACCUGCACAGCUUCGGGCUUUACAUUAACACACACAUACACACACACACACUGUGUCCGCUUCCACACACCGAAAGGCUGCGCCUCCUCGCGCACUGAUGCCACUGGCUGUUGCGUGAACGCGCGUUCAUUCAUUCGCAGACAUCGGAGGCGCCACUUUUCUUCUCAUCAUCGGACACCAGCCACAGUCCAAGAUGCGAAUCGGAGUGUAGUGCUGGAAUGCCCCAAACUGUGUGCUCAGGCACCAUGUUCACCACUCCCAGUGGCUUCAGCCCCCAUCUGGCCUGUGCUGAGCCUGGGGAGGAGGAGGAGGCCCCACAGGAGGGUCCGGGGCCCGGAGCUUGCCUGGUUGAUGGGCCUCCAAUCACCUCUGCCUCUCUGGACACCCUGAUCCAGAACCUGGUGCCCACUGCUGAUUACUACCCUGAGAAAGCCUAUGUGUUCACCUUCUUGUUGAGUGCGCGUCUGUUCAUCCCUCCUCCGGAGCUGUUGGCCAGAGUGUGUGAGCUGUGCAUCAAGCAGCAGCAGCUGGAUCAGAGCCCGCUCGAUACGGCAAAAGUGCGGAAGUUUGGGCCGAAGAUCUUGCAGCUGUUGACGGAAUGGACGGAAACGUUCCCAUCUGACUUCAGGGAUGAGAAGAUGGUGGGACAUCUUAAAGACAUCAUUCACAGGAUAGCACCCUGUGAUGAGGCGUACUGGAAAACCCUGAACCAAGUGCUGCAGAAGCUUAGCCAGAGACUGGAUCUGAUGAGUCAGGGGGAGGAGAGCAUCGUGAAGGUCUCUCUCAAUGCCUCCUCUAUCUCUGACAAGCUGGUGGUCUACAAGACAAAGCCUCCACCCAUCCAGAAGGACAUGCUGUCCAUCUGCAAUGACCCGUACACGCUGGCGCAGCAGCUCACCCAUGUGGAGCUGGAACAUUUGAGUCACAUUGGACCGGAAGAAUUUGUCCAAGCCUUUGUGCAAAAAGAUCCACUGGAUGGGACGCAGCAGCCAUGCUUCAGUGAGCAGAAGAAGAAAACCUCCAAUCUGGAGGCGUAUGUGCGAUGGUUUAACAGACUGUGUUACCUGGUAGCGACUGAGAUCUGCAUGCCAGCUAAGAAAAAGCAGCGAGCUCAGAUGAUCGAGUUUUUCAUCGAUGUUGCCAGGGAGUGUUUCAACAUCGGAAACUUCAACUCCCUGAUGGCCAUCAUCUCCGGGAUGAACAUGACUCCCGUGUCACGACUGAAGAAGACGUGGGGCAAAGCAAAGACCGCCAAGUUCUUCAUCCUGGAGCAUCAAAUGGAUCCGACGGGAAACUUUUACAACUACAGGACAGCCCUGAGGGGGGCGGCCCAUCGCUCUCAGACUGCCAACAGCAACAGAGAGAAGAUUGUGAUUCCCUUCUUCAGUUUGCUCAUCAAAGACAUUUACUUCCUGAAUGAAGGAUGCGCCAACCGGCUGCCAAACGGCCACGUCAACUUUGAGAAAUUUAUGGAGCUUGCACGGCAGGUGGGAGAGUUUAUGACGUGGAAACAGGUGGAGUGUCCAUUCGAGCAAGAUCGGGCCAUCCUACACUACCUCCACACCGCUCCCAUCUUUAGCGAGGACGGACUCUACCUUGCAUCCUACGAGAGUGAGAGUCCAGAGAACCAAGUUGAGAAGGACAGGUGGAAAGCACUCAGGUCUAACGUUCUGGCCAAAACAUGAGGCAGCGAGGGAGCGCGUGUUCUCUUUGCACUAAAAUGAACUGUGAAGGAGCCUAGCUGGUACUUAGGUGUUUUUCUAUGAAGAAAUGACAAAAAACAAAUUUGAUGAGCAGGAUUCAUCAAGAAGAGAAGAAUAUUUUAAAAAUGAAGCUAAGGAAACUGGAUGAAAAUGCCUUGUGAUGAGGUACGAUAAAUGGGAGAGGAACACAACUUCUCAUCGCAGUGUGUUUACUCUGUGAACAUGUUUACCACCAUAAACAGUACAGUUA